UAAUGUCAGCUAUGUGAGCAUCAUGUUUCAGCUGCAUCUGUUGUUGAUAUUCAUGUUACAGCAAGUGGGAACAGGGAGUGUUAUUCACCCUCCAGAAAAUGUGACAGUAACUGGAAAACUUGAUAACAUCAUUCUGAAAUGGAACACACCAAGGGAAGGCAAAAACUGUUAUGAGAGCAAUCUGCAGUAUAAGACUCAGCAUGACAAACACUGGCAGAGUAAAAUUCUGCAAGACUUCUCUUUAACACUACAAAAAACAGACAAUGAAAAAUGCUAUUUGUUCCGUGUGAGAUUCAGAUACAACGAUAUUUGUUCUGGAAGCAACUGGAGUGAAUGGAGCCCUCAGAUCACUUGGAGAAAUGGAUCUGUUAUAGAUUCCUGUCUUGUAUAUAAUUAUAAUCUGAAAUGGUAUUUUUCUCCACUUAUAAUUUUAAUUCCUGCAGUCCUACUGUACUGUAUCUUUAAAGUAAAACGCAUUAGGAGGACUUUUCUGCCUCAGAUUCCUGAUCCAAAGCAUAUUUUUGAAGAACUAUUUAACCAUGAUGAAGCUUUGCAGUGUCCUGGUGCUGUCAGAGACAACUACAGUGAGUGUGUGCCAACGGAGAUUGAAAUCAUCUGCCUGGAAAAGGCAGAAAAUCAGAAUGCUGAGGACACAAUGACUCACAGCAAGGGCUCAAAACAAGACAGCCGCAGAACAUCCUCAUCUCUGGGAACCUCCAGUGAAGAAUCCUCUAACCAGACAGAUAGAUUCAGCUUCCCUAUGGACAAUAGUGCAUACGUGAUCUGGUGAGGAAAAGAGAAGGUCUUCUGGUUUUACUUUCAUGUCUAAAGACCAGAAAAAUACAGGAGUGUGACAGCUGAGACCCAAGACAGUACAACGGAGCAGCCUGUAACCUAAACUGUGUAAAUCUGGAGUAUGCCGUAAGACUCUGGCAUCAGAAACACUAAAAAUCUGUUUACGAGCCUACAAGUUUUCUGUGC